AUGGAGGGGCUGCGGCCAGAGCCCCCCUCGGUUGUGCCCGGUGCCCGGGGCUCCGGUGCGGGGGAACCGGGAGGAUGCUACCAUCUGGCGGCACGGGCUCGCAGCGGCAACCGGCUCCAUCCCGGCCCUGCCUCGCUGCCUGGCCUGGCCUGGCCUUCCCUAGAGAGCCUCGACCAGAACCCGGCAGUAGAGGAGGCGGAGGAUGACCGCGAUAAACCGAAGCUGCUGGAUGAGAAGGAGGAGAUGGAGCAGCCACAAAUCAAGGUGCCCAUGGAGGUACCCAAGAGAGAGGAGGAGAGAGGAAAGCCGGAGGAGAAAGUGCAGCUCGACCGUCCCGAUCAAGGGAUCGCCCUGCCCGUGGGGGAAGCGCAUCGCCACGAGCCACCCGUCCCGCACGACGAAGUGGUAGUGGACAUGGGGCGGGAGCGGGAGGAAUCGGAUGAGAAGAAGCUUGUGCCCGGCGGAGCCAACGAUCGUGUGCUUAAGCCGGCGCUGGAGGAGCCAGCCGUGCCGAAUCCUCAGAAAGAGGUAUUUAGCCCGAAACAAGGGAAGGAAGCGCUUGCUGAGAACCAACUGCGGGGAGGGACUGAUGAGCCCGUUAAGAAUCCAAAGAACGUCCUGGAGGAGAUCGUGCAGCAGGAUGGCAGGCCGCCAUACAAAGGGCUGGAGCCAGACAAACAAGUGCUGGAAGCCAAGGCGCAAGCUGCCGUGCCGGACGGUGAGAAGAAAGCUGAGGCUGCAGGUGACAGGGAGAAAUCAAAGCUCCAGCUCCCCAGGAAAGCAGAGGAGGCUGCGAAAUCCGUGGAGAAGGAAGCCGACCCUGGUGAAAAGCAGGAGCUGCCCCUCCCGGACAGAGCGGAUCAGCUGGAGCCAAGGGAGGCCCGAAACGCUGAGGAGAAGCAAAAGGAGAACGCAGAGAGCAAGCUGGAGGAAGCGGGGCAGGCGAAACUGCUUGAUCAUGCUGUGCUGCUGCAGGUGAUCAAAGAACAGCAGGUGCAGCAGAAGCAGCUACUUGACCAGCAGGCAAAACUGCUGGCUGUAAUUGAAGAGCAGCACAAGGAGAUCCACCAGCAAAGGCAGGAGGAGGGAGGAGAGGAGAAGCCAAAGCAAGCGGAAACGCAGCAGGAGCCCGCUCUGCCUCUCUCCAAGAGCAAGGAGGACGAGGGCCUCGGAGCUAAGCAAGAAGCUGCUGCAAAGCUGCUCAGCAAAGAGCUGCUGGAGCUCCCUGCGCAGGGCCCGGGCAGGCAGCCUGCUGACUCCGCGGAGCAGCGCAGGGGGACUGCAGGAAAGCUGGAAGAGGCUGGGCACAGGCGUGAGAUUCCUGGGGUUCCUCCGAAGGAGUGGAAGGUGCUGCCACAGGAGAAUGUUAAAAAUGCCGCGGAGAACUGGGAUCCCCUUCACGGGGAUGCCCAACACAUUCCAGCAGCCAGAAACCACCUAGAAAAGAAGCCCUUGGCGGAGGAUUUAGGAGGAGAUCGUGAAGCCAAAGCUGGAAGGGAUGUCCAUGAGAAGAAGAAUUCCCUGAAAGCCGUGGAAGUAGCUACAGCGCCCAUCCAAAGAGACCAGCCGGGGGCUGCCAAAGUUCAGGGAGUAGCAGGAAAGAGUCUGGAAAGAGACUCAGGAGUAGACCUUAAAGCCAAAGCACUGAGUCAGGUGGAGCCCAAAGACCUGGCAGUUGUGCUGGACUCCUCCAGUAAAAGGAACGUGGCGGAGAGCGAGCAGCACCUACGGGAACGUCAGAGAGGUGCAGACCCCGAGGGAGCUGAGGGUGCUGGCAGACGGCAGCAGGCCUCGGAGAGCGACCUGGCUGGCAAAGGGGAGGUAAAGGAAGAAGCUCCUCGGGAGAAGGUGGUGGAUGUGGCCCAGGACCCGCAGGGAGAUCUGCGGGGCAAGCAGAGGCAUGGGGAUGAGGGUCUCUCAAACGAUGCUGAGAAGAAGCCAGGCCCCGAGAAUGCUCCUGCCCAAAAGCCUGAGAAAGGGGCGGCUGCCCAGGAGGACCAGAAGCUGGACCACGAUGUCAAACCGAACCGGGACCUGAAACUGCAGGCGGACCUGGACCUCCGCCGGAGGAGACGGGACCUGCUGCCUCUCGAAGAGGAGGAGGCUGCACAGGGGGAGGGGGUCUUCAUUGGCCUGAACCCCCUUCCAGAUGUGAAAGUAAAUGACCUCCGGAGUGCUCUAGAGACACGAUUAAACCAGGUUGCGGAGGGGGCUCAGCAGGUGGUCCACAGCCGGCAGAUCAAGCAGAUGACGCAGGCGGACGGGAGCGUGUGA